CAAGGUCUGUAAAAAAACAAAUGCUACCAAAUUAACGGCAAAAUGCACACACUCCUGCUAGUAAGCUGAAAUGGGCCUCAGGACCACUGCUGCGCCUCCUCGCUGGGCAAACAACUGAGACGGACACUUUCAACUGUCAGCCAUCCUAGGAAUGCAGAGGGUCAUGUAACACUACAACUCUCAGGGAUAGUGGCUUACUGCAGACCUGAAAUAAGCUAGACAGAGUGGAAGCAAGCUACAAGCAUCCAGCAUCCAUCUGAAAUCUCAGGAAAAGGUGGAGAAGAUCCAUCAUUCCCAAGGUGAUGCUGGUAACAGCAGCAGAAAGAAGACGAGGAAAGAAAGAGGAAGAGGGAGAAGACGCAGCCAUGAUGGGCACACCUCUCCGGAGGAAAGCCCCGGCAUAUGAGAUGGCUGAAGCUGAACUUCAUAAGGAAAGGCUCCAAGCCCUGGCGGAAAAACGAAAAAGACAAGCCGAGAUAGAGGACAAAAGAAGACAACUCGAUGAACUUGUUCUACAACUUCAACAUUUCAAGUCUAAAGCCAUGAGGGAGAGAUGGCUUCUGCAGGGGACACCAGCAGUGCCACAAGAGGAAGAUGAAGGUCGUAGGAAACAGGUUGAGCAAGAUGAACUUCACGUCAAAACACUAGAAGAUGCCAUUCACAGAUUGGAAUCAGAAAUCUGUCUUUUGGAGAAUGAAGAAUUACAGAUCUCAGCUAAAGAACAGGUUCUCAGAGAGCGGCUGCGGGAAACAGAAAGAUCUAUUGAAGAUCUACAGAAGAGUCUUCAGAAUCAAGAUGGAGAUGCGGUGAAUUACAACUCCCAGAUCCCGGACCUCCCAGAACUGAACUCCCAAACUCUUGUCUCAGCUUCAGCGGAUCAACAACUGCCAAGAAAAUCUGCAUUAUACGCCAUGGAGAUCAAUGUCGAAAAGGACCGGAAAACGGGUGCCACCAAGAUCCUCUCGGCCUCAGCAGUCAGCCCACAGGAAGCUCACCAGAGGGGCGUCAAAGUCUACGACGACGGCCGCAAAGUGAUCUAUGAGGUGCGUUCUGGGGGAUCUACUACACUGGAGAAUGGCACGCACCCCUGGAGUCCCGGCCAGGUGGACGAACUGAUGCAGCAAGUCGGCCAGACCCAACAACGAAGUGACAGAGGCCGAGUCACUGUCACACCAGCUGAGCCACAGCCAAUGGGAGGACAGUUGAACACCAAAGAGGCCAAGCAAGACAAAAAGCAAACCCCUAGCAAAGGCUACGAAGGUGAGGUCACAGAGACUCCAAAGGCUUCAGCCGACAAACCAGUAACCAUGAUCUUCAUGGGCUACCACAGCAUAGAGGACGAAGAUGAAUCCAAGAAGCUGCUUGGCUUUGAUGGCACCAUCAAGGCCGAGAUUGUCCUUAUUGAUGAGGACGAUGAGAAAUCUCUUCGGGAGAAGACCGUCACUGAUAUCUCCACCAUCGACGGCAACGCCGCUGACCUCGUGUCGGGCCGGCCUCUGUCCGAUACCACUGAACUGUCUUCAGAAGGCAAAGAUGAAAGCUCGACCAAGGAACUGCCAACCACAGGCAGUGAAAAGGCGCGAUCAGUGCUGCUGACAGCAGAGAAUGGACUGUAUCCUGCAGCGACUGCACGAACUUCAGACCCUCUGAAGUCCCCUGUACUCUCAGAGGAUGACAGUGAGCUGAAAAGAGAGAGAAGCCUGAAGACUGUAAGUUUUUUCGAUUCAGUGAGUGUGAUAUCCACUGGUGAGAGCAGUAUGGAUGAAGUUCAGACUGAGACCCAGCAAAGUUAUGUGAGCAGUGGGCAGAACAGAGUGAGACAUGGGGGAGAAGGACUGGACAGUGAAGUUGCCAAGGAAAUCCUGUACCUGGAUCAGGUCCUUGAGGACAACUGUUGUGACCCCAGGGCAGAAAUGACUUCAAAUGGGACAAGUUCCCCAGAGAUGAACUCAAUUAGUGUUCAUGGAACUGGACCAUCUGUGCAUAUUUGUGACACAUCGUCCUUACACAACCAUGAAGUUGUUUUAGAAGGGAAAAAACAGACCACUUUUGUUGAUGAUAACUUUAACACUAAACCCAAUGGUCAUGCAGCAAUGAUAGGAAAUGACUGUACAAGGUCACCCGAGUCACCUAGAACAGCAAUCAAGAAAGAGGCACGUUUUGAGCUCCGACCAUUCCACGAAGAGAAGAAGCCAUCAAAACUAUUUGACACCCCAACUGAGAAAGAAGUUCGGGUGAAGAAAGUCAGACCCUCGGAGGAAAUUGCAGAGCUAGAGAGGGAAAGGCUGGAACUCAUCCGGGGUCAGGCAGUCAAGAAAAAUCCUGGAAUUGCAGCAAAAUGGUGGAAUCCACCUCAGGAAAAGGCACUGGAAGAGGAGCUGGAGCCAGAGCAGCUGGAGUCUCUUCGAAGAUAUGAGGAGAGGAAGCAGAGGAGACCAGAAACCAGCCGUAUGCCGCAAGCUGCUCCCAGACAGACAAUCUCUUUUAUCCAACCUGAAAUGGGAAAUAAGGAGGAUGUCGUCAUGGAAGAGAUUGACUUUUCUGCAGCACGCAAGCAAUUUCUGCAGAUGGAACAUAGCAAGCAGCCCACAGCCCCUAAGAGGAAUGUGGCACCUCAGCUUUACUCUGCCAAACCUUUCUUCAGGACUCCAGAUGUCACGCAUGUAGAGAGACCAUGCGGUUCUGUCACAGUUGCCAAUCAAGAAGGGGUCACAUUCUAUGAUGGAAGUGAAGUUACUACAGUCAAAGCUGAAAAGAUUUACUGCUGCUCUGGAGAAUCUGACAUGCCACCCAAAGAUGGUUUGGCUCAGAACGAGUUGAAAGAUGAUGAUUUCACUUGUGCCCGGGCAGUGAUGACCAUUGUGAAGGAAGAAGAUUCUGAUUUGUGUCAACGUUCUUUGAACAGCUCCUAUCAUAUGGAAGAAAUUGACUCCGGGUUAGAUGACCUAUCCCUACGGUCUCAGGACACCACUGUUCUUGAGACGCUCUCCAAUGACUUCAGUAUGGACAACAUAAGUGACAGUGGUGCAUCAAAUGAGACCAUGAGUGCCUAUUUGGAAAACUCUCUUGGGGAGUACUCUUUUCCCUCAACUCCAAUGGCCACUACACCAAUCAAUGGGAAACAUGAAAGUGGUAUCAAAUCUCCAAGCGAACAGAGUGGGUCUUAUCAUGGAGAAGGCUUGACGGAAGAAGAGCUGGAAUACCAUGCUGGUAUUCUUGUCCAAAAUGCUAUCGAGCAAGCCAUUGCUCAGCAGAAUGACAAAUGGGAGCCUCUUCAGGCCACACAACAUUCAUCUCCUAUCACCGAGAGAUAUGUGGAAAGUAUUCAACCCCAACCCCUAGUGGAGAUAUCUGCUGUCACACCACCUCCCAAAGUGCCAUCCCCUCUGGAGGAGAGGAAAACAGUUGCUCCUCAAAUAACUGUAGUUCAAGCCGCCCCAGUUAUCCCAGUGAACACUUACAAACCCCCCAGUCCCUCUCCACCACCAAGUGAGAAACCAGAAUUCAGCUAUUUCAGUAAGUACUCCGAGGCAGCAGAGCUCAGGAGCACAGCAGCUGUCACUCGUGCUCAGGAAACGGAAGUCACCUCAGGGCCAUUCAAACUGCGCUCACGCAAACAAAGAACCCUGUCCAUGAUCGAAGAGGAGAUUCGGGCAGCCCAGGAGCGUGAGGAAGAGUUGAAGAGACAACGGCAAGCGCAAACAUUGCACCCGCCCCGUACAAAAAACCUGAAGGCCAGCAACCAGCCAAACAAGCUGGUCCUUACUGGGAAGACAGCACCAGGUAAAAUUGAGAAGGUUCGUCAAGUUCCUCCAGCAUCACCGUGCUCUUCAGAUGGAGCUCUGCCCUCGCCACUGUCUGAUCUGGGCAGUGAUGACUCUGGAGGAGGACAGCGAUCCAAGAACUUUAUGCAGACUUUGAUGGAGGACUACGAGACACACAAAGUCAAGCGCAGAGAGAAAGCUGAGGACAGCAGUUAUGUCCGCUCAGUUACAACUGAGGUUCUGGAGGCAACGCGUGUCACUCGCAGAAAAAGUAACAUGGCCCUCCGGUGGGAAGCAGGAAUCUACGCCAACCAGGAAGAGGCUGAGGAAGAGGAGGAGGAGGAGGAAGAGGAGGAGGAAGAGGAGGAAGAGUAAACUAAACUUUCUUUCUAUAAAGAAAAGAACGAGAAAGAGAGAAAACCAGAGGGAAAAUGUGCAACGGGACAAACACAAGUAUUUAUUGGGAAUUCACACCUCUCUGAAGAUUCGUUCUGUCCAUUUCUGAAGAACAUACGGGACAUAACUUCUCUCGACAUUGAAGACAAGAGAUACUACAACACUUUACAUUUACACUACCAAGAUAUUGAUUUUUCUUUUGUGCUGAUAUGUUUUAAGAAAGUGGAAUGUGCAAAGACAAGUAUCACUUUUCUUUUUUUGAGACUUUGGGAUUUUUGGCAUUAAUGUUGCAACUUAGCAAAUAAGAUUAGUGUGAAGACCACAUCGCAUUUAUACUUCACAAACAAAAAAAUGUUACCGUGCAGCUGAGGACAUGGAAAAAGAAUGAAAAAAAGACAGAUGAUAUUUCAUUUUUAGCUGAAGGAGAUUGAAUAAAUCAGAUUUCAUGCUAGAUUAUUGACAUUUCGACUUUACACAAUGUGUCUUGCAGUGUCCGAAAGGACAAAUUACUGCAAUUUGGUUUCCUGUUAAUAACAUUUUCACAUGAUCUCAGUUGCAGCCUAUAGAGAUAGGAAGACUCAAAUCAUUCUCCUAAUUUUGCCAUAUUGUUCAGAGAGAAACUUUAAUGAGGAGGACAAAUGAAAGUAGGGCACAAAUAUAUAACCUUGAAAGACUGUGUGAGGCUACAACAAUAAAUCAAAGCAGAAGAGGAAGAAGCAGUAAUAACUUGCAGAGGUGGUCAUGGCUUUUUAUAGGCAGCAGGUGCAUUCUCUAUUGACAAAAGACAGGAAAUGCAUGUGAAAUUUUAGGAUGUUAUUGCUGUUUUACAGUUGAAGGCACCUGUUUUUAGCUUGAAGUUAUAUCAUCAGAUGUAGGGUGCAGAACAUUCAAUGGCGGCUAGUUUUUUGGGGAAUGUUUAUGCUGUGUUAUGUGUAGGGCAGAACAGCAAAAGCAGUGACUUUAAAGUGCCCCUAUUGUGCUAUUUUAAAGAUUCCUAAUUUUGUUUUGUUCAGGGCUCCUAUGCAUCCAAGGUCAAAAUCUUCUCAUAAUAUACAUUGCAGCAUCAGGUCUUUUCUCUCAAUGUCUGAAAAGGAUUCGGUCUCUCUUAACCCCUCAUUUCUGAGAGCUUACUUUGCUCUGAUUGGUCAGAUGGCCCCUUCUGUUGUGAUUGGUCUUCUCUGCUCUGAUUGGUCAGGUGGCCCAGUCUGUUGUGAUUGGUCUACCGCGUGUCAGAAACCAAAUGUCUAUUAGCAUAUCUGAAUUUCAGCUCUGGAUCUUCCUCAGCACUUACCGUAUCAAUUUAAGCACGAGUCCCCAUCCUUUGGAAGCGCAUCAAAAUGGAUUUUCUUUCGCAGCGCAGAAAACAGCAUUUUUUCGACAUGUCGACAACACAAACCAAACUCUUCCAGUCUCAGCUACAACAUCAGUGUUUGAGAGUCAAAGUAGAUGUUUUUUUGUUUUGUUUUUUGUGGGCAGCCAAUGAAGGCCAUAUGCUGGCAUUAUGCAGAUUUGUUACAAAGCAGGAAGUAAGAAUGGACUUACUGACGACUCAUUUCAGGCACUUCAGAAUCGGUUCUUUCUUUAAGGACACAAUAACUCCAUUUAUCUGUACUUUGACCUUUGAAACUUUGCAGACCUUUUACAUUCACAAACAGCUACAGUAUAUUUCACACUAAAGGUAAUAUCCGAAAUAGCAUAAUAGGGGCACUUUAAUACAAAAAAAACUGAAGGAAAGAACAUGAUAUGUUGAUAAAGAUAGCUUAAAUGCGCAAGAAUUCACUGAAUUGCUUAGUUGAUGUUUAAAUUAAUUAUAAUUUAAAACUUUUCUCUUUUUGGCACUUUUAAAGCCAUUACCAGAAGAAAUUGUAAUCAAGAUACCAUUAUUUAACUCAGUUUAAAAAAAAAAAAGAUUGAUACAAAUGUACACAUUAAUGUCUGAAAUGUUGGAAUGAUUUAAUUUUUGGUUUAUUCUUUUUUUUUCCUAUUCUUUUUAAAAUAUUUGGCAAUAUAAAGGAUUUUAGUUGCAAGAACAAGCAUCUAUACAGGACACUGACAUCAGUGAUGAACACGCAGCGUAAAGGAAACAAAGAGGACAAAAACAUGGACAAAUAUUCUUCUAUAUUUAAUCUUUGACUUCUACUUUUUGCCUUUGGCCUGAUGCAUUUGUCAAGCCACAAAUGAAGACAAUCCCACAAGCGUCAUUCAACAAUGUGGCUUUGAUGUUUUUGUAUACUCCACAUAUAAUAUAUAUAUUACAAAGAAAAAAGUAUUUAAUGGACUGCUGUCCUUUAAUGAGUACAUGAAGUAUUUGUAGUCUCUGAUUUAGAAUGGCAUAUAUUGCAUAGUUUCUCAAAUUGCAGGCAAAAAAAGACAAACUAGAAAAACUCUAUAACAGUUAUGCAUUAUUAAAAUGUGUGGAUGUUAUAAAGUUACACCUAUUCAGAACAAUACAUGUUUCUGUAGAAGGUGCAUCAACUUUAUUUAAUAGAUGAAAUCCGAUGUUUGUUGAUCUCUGGAUACUGACUUUCUGAAGUGUCCAGUUGUUUUGAUGCUUGACGUGAGAUUGUGUAACGACCAUCAGUUUUUGGCAGGAUGUUGGAUUUUUACUUGGAUUCUUUGAUAUGAGAUGAUUAUUGUUGGUGAGCAAAUAAUUUGAGUUUUAUAAGGGGAAAAUAUUUUUAUUUGAGCAGUGAGAUAUAUACAGUGUUCCUAUAAAUGGAAAAUAGUUUUGGAAAAAUUACUGGUGUUUAGUACUAUUACUGCACAUUUAUUCAUAUAUACUGUGUUGUGUGUAUUUGAGGGCCAAGUAUGCCAUAUUAUAUACAUUUUCAGAGGUUUGCAUUAGUUUGUUUAGGUGCUGUAGGCGACAUUUCUAGCACAGAGUAGUUAAAGUAUUGACUGUGAUGCUGACAGGUUUUGCACCAUGAAAUGUGCAGCAUUCACAUUAAAUGUAAAGCCAGCUUUAGUUCACUAAAGAUGGCAUGCUUUUGUACUAUGAUGUAUGAGAAAUUGACAAAAAUGGUUGUUUUACCUCAUGAAGUUAAGUUAUAAGAAACAAGCCAAUGUUCAAAUCUGUAAUAUAAUAGGACUCCUACAGCAUAGGAUGGUGGCCAAAAUUGCUUUUAAUGUAGAAUACCAGAAAAAAAGGAACUAUUAGAAAAUGUGCAAUGUUGCAGUUGUUGAUGUGUAAAGGCGUUAUAGAAAAAGCAUCAGCCUUUGAGGACUUCUGGGGAAAGCAUUGCGAUCACACUAGAAAAAUUUUGACAAAAAAUUGUUUAUUGUCAAUAGUGUAGUGAUGUAUGAAACACAGAAGUCACUUUUUUUAGCUGCGGAAUAAUUAAAAAAGUCACGAGUUGCAAGUUUUUAUCAACUUUUUAUUCUCAGAAUUACAAUCACUAUAUUGUGAGAAAAUGUCGGAACUGUGAGCUUUUUUCUCAGAAUUGUGACUAUAUCUCAGUUCUGACUUAUUUUCUGAGCUCUGAAUUUAUAUCACAAUUCUGAGAAAAAUGUCAGAAUUACAAGAUGUAAACAAUUGCGACUUUAUUUCUCAGAAUUGUGACUUUAUAUCUCACAGUACAGUCUUUUUCUCAGAAUUGUAAGGUAUAAACUCGUAAUGGUGAUUUAUGAAGUCCGAAUUGCGAGCCUACAAAC